AUGUCUUCCUACGGCCUGAGCGGCUGGCCUGGGGCCGGCAAUGGCAGCACGGGCUCCCUGGGCAGGUCCAGCACGCGGUUUGUGCCCCAUGACUUCCGCUACAACGGUCGCGUGGCGAUGGCGCUGCUCCCCAGCCUCGUCGUGCUGGCGGGGUUCGGCGGCAACGCCGUGUCGGCGGCCCUGGCGGUCGGCCUGAUGGCCACCUACAUCCUGGACGCCCUGCGGUACAAGGAGGGCGCCUUCAUGGCCUCCUGGCUCACCAUGGGCGCCGCCAACCUGGCCAUGAUCUUCUCCACGCUGCUUCUCAAGAGCGAGGCAUCCAUCCCGCUCACCCUCCUCAUCUUUGUGCUCAACGGCAUGUCACUGUUCCUGGCGGGCCUGUGGGCAUCGCUGCAGUUCCGCUUUGUGCAGCUGCAGUACCCGGGGGUGGUGAUUGCGUUUGAGAAGAUGCUGAUCGCGGGGUGCCUGCCCGUGGCGGCGGCGGUGCAGACGUGGGGCAUGGUGUCGGGGGUGGGCAUGAGCAACUCCGCUUUCUUCCUGGCGGGCCUGCUCUGCGCCCUCUACUACUUCUUCGGCCUGCCCCUGCCCUCCUCCUUCCACCUGGGAACCAAGCCCAAGAUCGCCACGGGCGGCGCCAGGCCCAAGACCCACACGCUGCAGGACUCUGCCGACGGAUUUGCCGCCUUUGUGCUGGUCACCACGCUGCCCGUGGCCGUCUACCUGGCCACCCACUGGGCCGUCAUCUUCCAGUGGGUGCACCUGUGGAGCGUGCUGCUGCUGGCGUCGGGACCCCUCGUCUUCGUGACCAGCCUCAAAGCCUGCAUGUACGGCGUGGCGGCGCUGGUGCUGCUGCACUGCAGCGGCAGCCUGGGCGGGGAUGUGGAGGGGAUGCUGGUGGGGCCGCUGCUCAUGCUGAGCGCGGCGGUGGGCGCCCUGGCGGCGGGCCUCCCGCUUUGGAUGCUGCCCGCGCCGCUGCUGGCCGCCUCGGGCCUGGCCAUGUUUUAUGACACAGCGGCGCUACGGGACUACCUGCUGUUUGUGGCGGGGGCGCUGGCCACAGGCGGCUGGUUUGUGUGGCACCACUUUUGGUUCCUGGACAUUGAGCUGGAGGGGGUGCACCUCAAGCUGCUGUGCGGGCUGGUGGUGGCGGCCAUGGCGCCCGCAGCCCUCGCCCCAGGCCUGCUCUACUCGGACGCGCCCAAGGGCGCGCUGGGCGCGGUGCUGCUGGCGCAGGCGGCGCUGGUGUGCUGGCUGGAGGAGCGGCUGUAUGCGGGGGACCACCAGGAGGUGACCUACAACCUGCACGCCAUGUACCCGCCAUGGCUGGUCAUGGCCACCUCGGCGCUGGGCCUAGCGGCGGCGCGGCACCUGCAGUCGGCCUCCGCCAUUGGCGACGUGGCGUCCUACGUGCUGCAGUGUGCCUACGCGGCCAAGCUGUCCAUGCUGCUGCUGCCCGAGGCGCGGCUCACGGUGCCGGUGCUGGGCCUGCUGCUGGCCGCCUCCCCGCCCCUGCUGCUGCACCGCGUGGGCGCCGACCGGCGGGUGGAGCUGGACCACCCGGGGCGCGAGCGGCGGCGCCGCCUCAAGCCCUGGCAGGGCGUGGGCCUGGCGGCGGCGGUCGUGCUGGCCGUCGUGGCCGCCCGCUUUGCCGUCUUUGACAUCGCGCGCUUUGUGCUCGACAGACGGCCCUCAGAGGCGCUGGUGGCGGGCCUGCUGGUGCUGUGCAUGGCCCUGGGCUGCCUGCCGCUGGUGCAGCGCUACUACCCGCACUCCCAGGGCGCCAAGCGCACCCUGCUGCUGGCCACGGCCCUGGCGGCGCUGCUGGUGCUGCUGCGGCCGCCGCUGCCCAUCCGCGGCGGCGCGGAGUGCCCGCCGGGGCUGCCGCUGGGGCUGUGCCCGCGGCUGUGGGAUGCGGGGCACGUGCCGGACCAUGAGCUCGAUGACGUGGCGGUGUGGGGCGACGGCCUGCGCCGCCGCACGCACUGGCCGCUGUGGCUGAUGCUGGGCUCCGCCUUCCUGGGCCUGAGCGCCAUGACGCAGCCGGGCGCCAGCGGCGGCGCGGUCGGCCCGCUGCUGCGCGCGGGGCAGGCGGCGGGCAGCGCCAGCCUGGCGGCCGCCUACCUGGCGCUGGAGUUCUUCCCGGGGCUGCCCAUGCUGCAGGUCAUCAUCCUGGUCACGGCGCUGGUGGCGGCGCUGUUCCUGGUGCUGCUGCAGCUGCCGGUGCCGGGCGGCGGCACCAUCAUGCCCGCCCUGGGCGCCGCCUGGGCGGCGGGCCUGCCGCUGGCGCUGCUUGUGGCCUCGGCCGCCGACCUGCCGGAGCUGCCCGAGGCGGCGGAGCGCCUGCUUCCCGACAGCGAGAAGGAGCUGGAUGAUGAGCGGCGGGACGCCAUCUGGGCCGCCGUGAUGGCUGUGUACGCCGCCGAGUCGCUGCUGCUGGCGUUUGCGCUGAAGCUGCGCGUGGCGGCGGCGCUGGCGGGGCAGCGCGGGCCGCGCCCCUCUGCCCCCGCCGCCGCCGCCGCGCUGGGCUUGGACGACGCCUCCUUCCACAAAGCCGCGUCCUUCCUGGGCCAGUGCAUGCCCGCCUUUGUGCAGUCGCCGGGGUCGGGGCGGCCCGGCCUCAAGGGCGCGGGCGGCAUGGCGCUGCAGCGGCUGUCCCAGGACGGGCUCAGCUGGGUGCCCACCUGCUGCAACAUGGUGGCGCUGCUCUGCUUCGGGCUGUGCCUGGCGCUCAACAUACAGGUCACCGACGGCGUGCCCGUCGCCAUCCUGCUGCUGGCGCCCAUCCUGCUGCUGCUGGCCCAGGACCCGCUGCUGCUGCGCUGGCUGGAGGACCGGCGGCGGUACGUGCCGCCCUGCGCCGCCGUCACCGCCUACCUGGCGGCGGCAGCUGCCUGGCAGCUGGCCCACGACCUGGGCAUGCACCUGGGCUCCAUGAACGCCUGGGCUGCCUGGUACCUGGCCCGCCACGCCGCGCUCCUGGUGGCCACCCUGCCCUGCCAGCUGCUCCUGCUGCCGCCGGUGGCCCUGCUGCUGGCGGCGGCGCCGCUCAACCUGCUGGCGCUGUGGCUGGCAGACAUGGAUGAGCUGCAGAUCAGUGCGGGCGUGGGCCUGGCAGCCGCUGCGGCGCAGCUGCUGGCGGCGCAGCAGGCCUCGCAGAGCAUGGGGCGUGCCCUGGUCUAG